AUGAAGACAAAGGUCAGCUCAAACCUGGGCGCACCCUACGCCUGGCGCUUUUUCAACAGUCUCUGGACCUACCGCGUCAGCCAGCUCACGACCUCAAAUAUGCGUCAAUUAAGGGAUACUGGUAUUGCGAUGAGUUUUGACCAGGGGAAUGGUUCUUCCUCCGGCGGAUCCGAAUCGUCGGGAGCGGUUCCGAUCCAAAGUGAUUUGCACCCCCACGCCUUACACAAAUUUCCAGGUGAUCCCGAUUGGUCGAUCGUGAUCGCCGUCCCGAGGAGUUCUGUCCACUCGCGCAAUGUCCUCGGCUGCCCGAAGGUAUCGUUGAUGGUGGGCCACACCGAUCCGCAGUUAUUUCAUUGGUUCAAGCAGCUCGGGACGAUCCCGCCCCGUGCGGUGAUCACCGGCGCGGUUGAUAUUCUUUCCGGCGAUCUUCGCGAUGACUGCUGGGGGCGGACGUUUAUUCGCCAUCCUGUUAUCCAUACCAUCGCUCAAGAUAUGUGGGAGAAGAAGGAAAGCAAGACGACGGAUGAGCAGGUGCACAUCGCCCAGCGGGAGCGCGAGGAGGAUGAAAAGCGCAUGCGGCGCAUGAGCAGUAGCGAUUGGCGCUCCAAGUUUAAAGAUCGCGAACGAAACCCCACCACCGGCGAGGAUGAGGAAAAGCCUAUUUACGUCGUCAAACCGGAGACGUUUAGUCUUUUGCGGCUGAAGCCGGAGGUCAAAUUGUGGAUGAACGUGGGGGGUCAGGCGCAGCGGGUAUGGGAUCCCGCGAUACCGGACGCCGAUCCACUCUGCCGCUGCUCGCAUCGCUUCAUUCGUAUGCUGAACCUUGCGCGCCAAAAGUUGGUUUCUUCUCUUAAUAUGAACUUUUCCUUAAAACUUACCAACGCGUUUAUAUUUGAAAUUGACGAAAAGGGGCUGUGGGCUCUCGGCACACAGGAGAAUUUUUCUGGAAAGAACGGAAUCGUUCGGGAGGAAUGGAGUGAGUUACGGCUUGAGUUUGGUAAAAACCAGAUUAUCAAAACUGAACAAGAAAUGGAAUGGUGGGUGCGUGGGUUAACCAAGCUUGGUGCUCCGGAGAUAUCGCAAACCGAUAACAGUUUAGAUGACGCCGCAAUGAAUCCAGAAGAAUUCGAGUAUCGUCAUAUUUAG